AGACGACAUGGUUCAAUUCUCGGCAGUUCGAUUUGCAACAAAUGUCGACACCAGAAACAAAAUACUGUUUGGAGAGUAUGGCAUAUCUGACAUGAUGGAAAAGGUCGAGCUACUUCCGGGUCCAGGAGGAAAAACUGCUCUUGGAGCCGCUCUCUCUUACACAAGGACGACAAUGCUGAAACACCACAACAGACCUGAAUUACCCGAUAUGAUCUGGGUAAUAACAGAUGGCGACGCGACAGAUUCUGUCAAGAAAGCAACAAGAUUACUCAGAAAACAUAAAGUCGAGAUUAUCGCACUUGGAAUCAAACAGCCUGGAGAACCGUUAUCCAUUAAGCAACUAGAGGAAAUAACUGGCAACCCUGAUAACGUCAUCGAAGUCAAAGGAAUGGAAUCACUCAAAGAGGAACUGAGAAGCCGAAUCGUUGGAAAGAUCUGUAAAUUUUCAUGCCUUGACUAUCCACCCACAACGGCACCCCCACCCCCACCCAAAUGUGAUCCUAACCCAUCCCCACCGCCGACUGGAGGUUCUGUAAAUUGCGAUAGCGAUACCGCAGAUAUUGGAACGAAAUGUGACUUCGUUUGCAAACCAAACUCUCAGCUCGAAGGACCCAAGGACGCAGUCUGUGAAGAAGAUGGAAAGGGAGGUGCAAGAUGGAGCCAAGAAGCCAAGAGAUGUGUCACUCCCUGCAAGCCCCACCAUCCACCAAGACCAAUCAAUGGCGAAGUUGAAUGCAACAACGAAAAAGCAAUAAUCGGAACUCGUUGUGAUUUCGCUUGUAAGGUUGGAUACUCGCUCCAGGGAUCAGAGAAAACAAUCUGCAAGAAAACUUCAAACGGAAAAGCGGAAUGGAGCCAUAAGGCGCAAACAUGUACCAGUAAAUGAUGGUAAUUUGUUGAGCGUUGUAUUGGACACAUAUGAAUUUUAGAUAGAUCUUAGAUCGUUGUGUUGGCCACAUUUUGAAGCACCCGUUUUCAAACUUUAAUGCCGGUAUUGCUUCAGUAGACAGGUACAAAAUUAGUUACAAACUAGCGAGUUUCUAGUAAGGGUUGAGUCCCAGGAAAUUCUAAGGUUCCCGUUUUGAAUCGACAUUGACUGAAUUGUAAAUAAGGCUGUGAAGCUAUUGCCGGUAUAUUUUUUUAUUGGAUUUGGAGGCGGUUCAGGGUAUGUAUUUUUAACACCCCGGAGUGUUGAUACGUAGUUAAAAAUCUGAAUUGUCCAGAGUCGGGGGUCGAACUUUCAGUGGCGAUAAAAAAUUCCAAGAGUGUAAAGAAAUUUUUCUAAACCGGCGUUGGCAGCUAUUUUUUUCAAUUUGGUGUCAGCUCAUAGUCGAGACUGAGACGCGUCAUUUGUUUUGUUUUCGUUUUGUUUAUACCUAUAUUCAUAGAGCGUAUGAAAUACUCUGCUAGGGAGACAUUAAUUAACUGUAUAGCCCCAUGUAUCCAUAACGACUCAUAAAGAAAGAGAUGCUUUUUUACUUUGUCGUCCAGUAUUUAUAUCAUUGUUUCCAUAGUGGAAUCAAGACUACCUUUAGUCUAUAGUAUUCGGUGAAAAAUAGAGGGAAAAUGGUUUUUAAAAUCUUGCGUUUUUGUCUAUGAUACCAAGCUGAUUAUUUUAUAUUUACAGUGUUUAUGCCCAAUAGAAUAUUUAGAUUCCAUGAUUUGGGUCAGAUGGAUUUUUGUGGCAAAUAUAUAGGGUUUGAUUUACUAAUUAACAUAUUUGUUCUGUUUACUUAUACGAUCAAUUGUCUUUGUUUUUCAUGACAACAUCUACGUUCUUUGCUUAUGCUUAGCCAUAUAUGUGUCCCUUACAUGCAAUAAUAUUUAGUAUAGACAUUAGUUGCUUUAGGAUAGCUUUGUUGCGAUGUUUAAUGUUUACAUUUUCAAUUGUGUGGUUAGUAUAAUACAAACCCUGUUUAAAACCAAAUGAUAUUUUAUGAGACAAAGAAACGACAUUUAUUCCUAUUAUUAUUUGUGUAUUUGAUAUUAAAAAUACAUAGAAUUAUUGUUUAUACGGAGAAUACUGCAAUAAAACGUGUGAAAAGUGU